AUGAGAAUGACAACACGCAACCUAAACGGCAAUUGGAUUGACACUCUCCGAAGACAGUACGUCUACGACCUGAAAGACGACUCUCCCCAUCCUAUCAAAUACCUUCUUUACAAUCCCCACAAGAAGCAAGACUUGUACUUUGUCAUUCCCAACAAGAUCGAAGAGCCGCAACUAAGACGCUCCCUUGUCAAGUACCACCUAUCUACCAAGGGUACCUCAGUCGUCGAGUGGGAGAACGAGCACAUCCAAGUCAUCUACCACCCUCGAUACGCAAAGGAGCUACGAGAAGCCGCCCAGUCAACCAGCGAAGCAGAAACCCAGAACGAAUCACCAACUCCCGAACAGCAAACAUGA